CCUGACCUUUGGGCCGACCACGCAUACCGAACCCCCCAUGGCGGGUUAUCCGGAGCGGAGCAAGGCCGAUGCUCCGAAAAGGGCGGUGGAGGUUCGGUGUGAAAUAGUCCGAACCUCGGAGAGUUCCGAGUGAUGCCGAACGUUCUCAAGGAGCUCAGGGAGAAGCACAACCACUACUUGCACCUCGGAUCUUCGAUUCCUCGCCCCGCUCGACUCGACUUCACUCGAGGGGCCACCGGGCGACACCACCUCGCCACAUCCGGCACCCGUCAACUGAGUGAAAACGAGGCGCCACUUGGAUGACGACAAGGACACGAAUCGUCGUGGGAAAAGGGCCGGGGGCCCCUUGGCGAUCGAUCGACCUUCCGGGAGCCCAAGAAGAAUCGGUAUAUGGUUUUUGGUGAAAUCACGUGGAUGGCCUGGUUUUUGGUGAAAGACCUUUUCCUCAUGUUUGAUGCGAAUAGUAUAUAGGGGAUGGUCCACUUCCAAGUUAGUGACUCGAAAUGCACUUCUUUGCUUGUGUUUCCUGUUUUGAAGCGGGGCAUCCUUUUUUGAGUGACAAACUUGCUGAGAAGAGGACCAACAAAAACAUGGAAUCCGGAAAGACUCUUUGGCGUGCCAAAUGCAUCUAUUUACAGCUGCCAAGUGGCUCCAACGAAGAAAUGUUUGACAAAGGAUAGAAGUUGUCCUACUCCUACAGGAUGUUUGCUUUAGAAACCAUACCGUAGACUGUAAGACUGUAGAAAUGGCACUUUAAAAUUUGCGACUGGAUGGCCUUCCAGGAUGCAAAAUGAGCCAAUUCGUUUGUUCAAGCAACCAGGGAACUUAAGCCACUUAAGCCCUAUGCGCGGGGACCGAAGAAUAAACACCACUUGACCAUGUCACAUGUCUUCGUUUUCUUCCCAUAUGUCAGAGGAGUCUUUGGAGUACAUGAUGCCCGGUCUCCGAGUGGAAUCGCGACUGACCGGUCAGGGCGACCGGCGUUUGGUCAGAGAGCUGAGAGCUUUCGUGUCGUUUCACCUGGGUGGCUUGCUGUUUUCGGGGAGGCUAGGAAUUUAGCAUUCUAAACAUAUCGAGAAUUAACUCAAUGGCCACGCUUUUAUGCCCGCAGUCCUGGCCGGGGCCUUUUAUUUCCCAGCCCUUGAUUAAGAGUUCUGCCUCCGUCCGAAGACUGAGGGCAGCCAAGGACAUCACUUUUGUCAUUUACGGACAUCAAUACCCGACUGAUUAGGUAAGAAGACAAAGAUUGCCAAAUCCAAAUCACCUUUUUGCAACGAAAGAGUUCAUGUCAUGCAGUCCAAUUUGCUUUUCUUUCAGGCAUUCGAUCUUCAAAGAACCGGCGAUUCCGCCUCAUCAGCACCAGCGGACAAUCACUGAUUGGUCGCCAGAGACCCAUCCGGUCACCAUCUGGUCUGUGGCCGCCAGGUGAGGGACCCCCCGAUCGCCCCUCGCACCUGGUGACCUGGUGGGGUGUUUUCUGGUCGAGGACCCCGAACUUCCCGAACCUAUUUGAAUACACCCAAAUCUUUCACUUCAAGGCCUUUGACGUUGAAAGAUCAGUCCUGGCAGUCCCUCCCCUCCUCCCGCCCCGGCUCGACAUGAUCAUCUUUUGGGGACUUGCCUGGUGUUCACUGGAUUUACCCGAUGGUCAUGGCUUCAGUCUCGGCGCUCCCCUGUUGGGGCACGCGUUCUCUUUGACUCGAUUGUAGUCGGGCCAGCAGAUGAACAGCCACAUAGUUGGGGGUGGCCUAUUUGGAGGGUAGCCUGGAAACCGCUCCUCCGAGGGGGACGGAAGAUGGUUUAUCACCAUCCACGGUGCUCGACAACCAGUAGGAGAGGACCAUGGUCAACCUCCGUCCCCUUUGGAACCUCCUUCCAUUCCUAGGGAAGAUCGCCGACCCAAACCACGGAGUUUAUGAAAACAUCAUCAUGUCACCCUAUUUCACCUCUUUCUUGCAAAAAUUGCUACUAGGUUGGCCUCCAAGACUUCUUCGUCUUUUCCACCUUUUCCAUCCGUGUCCCAAGGACGGAACACCUUCGCAUGGGUGGUGUCUACUGGGCCGUCAGCGCCAUGUCCUUGCUUCGGCAGUUGGAUGAUGAGCAGAGGAGAGAUGACAUCAUCGAGUGGAUCUUGAGGUGUCGCGACCCCAAGACUUCCGGUGGCUUUGGGCCGAAUGUGGGCCACGAUGCAGAUCUGGUGGCGACACACUACGCGCUGCUGGUUCUGUGCAUGUUCGACGCCCUCGAACGGCUGCCCCAUCGGGGAGGAGUGGUGGCCUUUAUUGCUGGAUUACAACAAGCCGAUGGCUCCUUUGCCAGUGAUGCGUGGGGCGAGGUCGAUGUAAGGUUCGCCUACUGCGCUUUGUCGUCCUUGACCAUCUUGGAUGCCUUGGACCAGAUCGACGUGGAUGCAUGUGUGGAUUGGAUCUUGCGUUGCAUGAACUACGAGGGGUCCUUUGGCCCGGUGCCAAGGGCGGAAUCUCAUGCGGCCUACGUGUUUUGUGCCGUGCAGGCCUUAGCGUUGGUGGAUGCACUGGAGGCUGUGGACGUGGAUCGCCUGGGCUGGUGGCUCUGCGAGCGCCAGACGCCCAGUGGCGGCUUCAACGGGCGACCCGAGAAGGCGCCCGAUGUGUGCUACAGCUGGUGGAUCUUGUCGGCCUUGGUGACCCUGGAUCGCGCGCACUGGAUCGACAUGGAAAAGCUGGCUGACUUCAUAGCUCUCGCACAGGAUCAGGAGGAUGGCGGCAUCGCUGACAGACCUGGCGAUGUGCCAGAUGUCUUUCACACCUUCUUUGGCCUGGCGGGCUUGUCGUUGAUGAGGAAGGCCGAUUUGGCCCCGAUCCAUUGCGUCUACGCGCUCCCACUCGAGGUGGUUCAUCGCAUGCACUUGCCGGUCAUUCUCUCCAUGUACGAGCGAGGUUGAAGCUGCGUGCUGAGAGAACGAACAGACAGGGCCGGUCAAAAA